AUGUCUUAUUCGAUUCCAACCCAGACAGGAUCGGCCGCGAUUCCUAUAGUCGCACCUACGUCAGAGGACACCCCUAAAAAUCUUUCAGCUAAAAAUUCUACUUUGAAUUCUAAAACGAGGACCUGCAGAAAUUUGAUCAUACAUGGUUACUGCAAAUAUGAAGGAAAGGGUUGCGAAUUUAAUCACGAUAUGGGGAAGACGACUUCGCCUCCAAACAGCCCUGAAACAUCUAAAACCACCAAAUUAAAUGUCAAUUCACCAGUUUUUAAGCCUGCAAGUCUUCUCUCAUCGAUUCCACCCGAGGUUGUUAAUGCACCUCCAUUUAUUCCUAAAAAUAACCAAGCCAACGUCAUUGACGAGACUCCGGUCACUCCCACAAGUGUACCAGGUUCACCCCGGCAGCAACUUUUUCAUGAAUCUAAUGAUCAAGACGUCUCGUUAUAUGAUCCCACCAUUGGAUUUUAUCCAGCGCAGUCUUCUUCAUCUAAAAAGCUUAUAAUUCCCUCUAGCAAUGCUUCAAGUCAUGGUUUGAAUGCUCUUGCCAACUCAUUCGCCUCAUUGGGUUUGGAUAACAACUCAUAUCCGGAGACUACUUCUAGUCAAAUGAAUAAUACGAACUUUUACUCGACAUCGCAUCAAGUAGAUCCAUUCUUGUAUCCGACACAACAGGCAUUAUUGCCUCAACCACUCCAAUAUCAUCUUUACACUUCUCCUCUCCCGCACGUAUCAAAUCUUCAUCCGCAUCAAAAAACUAUUCAUGCAUUUUUUAUGUCAGAUAAUUUACGAGAAGAACUACAGCAGAAGAAUGAAGAAACGUUAAGAUCGAUAAAUGCAAAGGAUUUUAAUUUACCCGAGGAACUUCACGUUUAUCAUUCGUUGUAUCCACUCGAUACACGUCAGGAAAAGUCGGUUAAAAUUUUUGGAUAUCCAAGUUGGGUAUACAAGUCUAUCUGCAGUGUUGAUGGACGGGUUUAUAGUUUGAGACGCAUUGAAGGUUUUCGGUUGACAAAUGAAGUGGCGAUGUCUACAAUCAAAAAUUGGCGAAAAGUUAGGCAUGCAAAUAUAGUUUCAAUACGUGAGGCAUUUACCACAAAAGCUUUUGGAGAUCAUUCACUUGUCUUUGUCUAUGAUUAUCAUCCACUAUCGCAAACAUUAUUCGACAAACAUUUCUCUUCAAUGCAAAUGUCCACACAACCCCAUUCCAACAUUUCUGAAACGACAUUAUGGAGUUAUAUUGUACAACUGGCAUCUGCCCUCAAAACAAUACAUACAUCGAACUUGGCUGCAAGAACGAUUGAACCUACGAAGAUUUUGCUCACUAGCAAAAAUCGAAUACGAAUAAAUUGUUGUGGCAUACUAGAUAUGCUUAAUUUUGAUGGUGGAAAAAAUAUCCCGCAUUAUCAGCAAGAAGACCUCUUGAACUUUGGACAAUUAAUUAUUUCCCUUGCGUGUAAUUCCCUGUCAUCCGUCCACAAUCUACCAAAAUCGAUCGAAUUUGUUUCUCGUCAAUAUUCAUCUGAUCUCAAAAACGUUAUACUGUAUUUAUUAAGCAAACCGUCCCCAAUGAAAUCUAUUGAUGAUGUUGUGACAAUGAUUGGAACUAGAAUAUUGAGCGAGGUCAAUAAUGUUCAUCACCAUAAUGACUUUUUGGAAAGUGAAUUGAGUCAGGAAUUAGAAAAUGGAAGAUUAGUACGUUUACUAUGUAAAUUCGGAUUCAUUAACGAACGCCCGGAAUUUGACAUGGAUCCAAGUUGGUCAGAAACCGGCGAUAGAUAUUUAAUCAAACUUUUUAGGGACUACGUGUUUCAUCAGGUUGAUGAACAAGGUUAUCCCGUUGUUGAUAUGUCGCACGUUUUAAUGUGCUUAAACAAGUUGGAUGCCGGUGUUGAUGAAAGAAUAACGCUGGUAUCAAGAGAUGAACAAUCGUGUCUCAUUGUGUCUUACAAGGAUAUAAAAAACUGUAUCGACUCAGCAUUUAGGGAUCUCUCCAGAAGAAAAUAA